AUAGGGAUAAUGGAUAUAACUUAAGAUCCCCGUGUCCUUAUUGCACGUAAGAUUCGGAGCAGUUCCCUUCCUUUCUUGGGGAUUUUGCAAGAAGCUGCUACAGUACUGAACUUGGGGAAAAUGCACUGGAAAUUUCCCAGUUCUUUAAUUUCUGGCUUAAGGCAGUGGUCCCCGGUCCUUCCUGGCUUAUUUCAGUAACAGUAACAGAGUUGGAAGGGACCUUGGAGGUCAUCUAGUCCAACCCCCUGCUCACGCAGGAGACCUGUACUAGGGAUUCGAACUGCUGAACUUUCUGAUCGACAAACUCACUGUCUUAGCCACUGAGCCACCUAGUCAGGCAAGGGGAUAGUUUCUCCCUCUUCAAUCUGAUGCAAGGCUUUUACCUCUGACUGGAUACAUUUUUUUCAAUGAAUUACUCAAGGUUGCAAACAUACCUAAUAUUCCUUCCUCCUCCUGUUUUCCCCACAACAACAACCCUGUGAGGUGGAUUGGGCUGAGAAAGUGAUUAGCCCAAGUACCCAGCCAGCCUUCAUGCCUAAGAAUCUUCUGGAUGCGAUAAUGGCCAAGUUGAUCCAAGCACCCCCUAAGUUUCUGCCCCCCGAAUGGCACAUUGCUAACAAGGUCCAAUACAGUAGUGCUGAGGCCCAGCGGUCUCGUUCGGAACGCUUGGUGGAUGAGAGCCAGCGGCUGGUAGAUGAAAUCGAGAGAACCACUCAGAAGACCCAGAGUGAUGUCAACAAGAGAAUAGAACAGAGAAUUGAAGAGAUCAAAUUCUGGAGGCAGCAGUUGGAUGACAAGCUUGACCAGAUUGUGAAGGAGACUGAAGUGCUUGUGUCAUUCAAAACAAGGCUGGAAAAGGCUCUGGAGGGCUGCAAAGAACCCCUUUUCACCGCUCAGGAGUGUCUCUUAAACCGGGAAAGGCGGGUUGGUAUUGACUUGGUCCAUGAUGAAGUGGAACGGGAGCUGAUCAAGGAAGUUGAGGUCUUCCAAGGAGUUGUUGCUCUGCUUGAACGUACACUGGAGCAAACUGAUGAGCAACUCAGGCUUAAUCGCACAGCCAAAUACAAUCUUGAACAGGACCUGAAGGAUAAAUACACGGCUUUCACAAUUGACAACUAUUGCUCCAAUCUGACCAACAACUCUACUGAUAUUGGAUAUGCCCAAAAUGUUGUGAAGGUUGAGGAGAACUCGGUGAGCCCUGAACAAUGGAUGGAUUUCUCCAACACGAAUGUUGAAAAAGCUGACAAACAGCGAAACAAUUCCCUGAACCUGAGAGCCUUGAUUGACAGCAUUCUGUCCCAGACUGCAAGUGACAUGCGCAAGCAAAACAGGACAGUAAACAUUGCGUUCCAGAACAGAGUGAAGGAAACCAAGGAUGCCAAGAACAAAUUAGAAAUUCACCUGGCAAAGCUGAUGGAGGAGAUCAACUCUCAAACAAAAAAUAUUGAUGCUCUGAGGAAAGCUAUUGUGGAUAAGAAGGGGCCAGCCAAGGUGGCUCAAACUCGCCUGGAGACCCGGACUCACCGUCCAAAUGUAGAGCUUUGCCGAGACAUGGUGCAAUAUCGGCUCAUGAAUGAAGUGCAGGAAAUCAACCAUAAUAUCCAGAGGCUGAUGGACACAUUGGCUCAGGCUGAAAUAGAACUGAAAGGCCUAAACCGCCGGCAGCUCUCCCUGGAGGAAGAGAUUGAAGUCAAAGCAAAUACCCUUUACAUUGAUGAAGUGCUCUGCAUGCAGAUGAGAGAAUCCAUUUCCAUCAAUAAUUUCUGAUCCAUGAGCCUGGCAGAAUCUCUGCUUGGCUGGACACUAGGAACAGAUCUUGAAACAUUGGCUUAAACUUUCAAAAAAAUCUUUUAUAGAAGCCAAACAUCUGCCCUGAACUUUCUACCAGAUAAUAAAUUAGUGAAACCUGAGAGCCCAACUUCAUCGUAAGCUCUUGGAGGGUCCCUGUGACACAGGACUCGGGUGAAAGUGAUGGCUGGGAAAACACAAGUAGGACUUGAACUAGUGUCUUUAGUGCAGACAUAGUUUAAAAACUUAAGGGGAAUUGCUGAUUCAACACAUUGUUUUCCCAGGGUUUAUAAAUGUUCUGCCUUCUUCAGGCAGAAGACAGAUUUAAAAAAUUAACCUUUAGAAUAGGCUAAAAUGGGGAUGAGGUGGAAGCUAGAGUCACCCACCCUAAGAUCCUGACCCUGAUUACUAAUUGGCAGCCCCAUCCAGGUCACAUAAUCAUUCAUCCAUGAGACACAAGAUCAAAAAGGAUACCAGCGACAUCCACAGGAGAUGGGAGUAAUCAUAAAUGUUGGUGACUUCAAUCAAAUGA